AUUUUUUCGAAUGAGUACAAAAAUCCAUUAAAGAAUUCUCACUUUCAUCAAAAAAUACAAGGAUGAAUUGAGCUCAUCUACAGGAAUUGAUGAAUUUGCAGAUUUAUUGAAUGAAUGCUUUACUUCAUUCGAAUAAGAUUCGUCAAGGAGAUAGAAAGUGAAUUUAAUGCUUGAGAAUCUUGUUUUAGAUGAUGAUAGCAAACUUGUGGAAGGAGAUUUAUAAAAAUAUGUGGAGAGAUUAAUUGAUUUCGUUGAAGGACAUAGUGAUGAUCCAUUAGAAAAAAACAAUCUUAAACAAAGAAGCUCCUCAGGUAGUUCAGAUGAGGAUGAUAACAGAGGUCACAAUAGAUAAUAAAACAAACACAAAAGAGAUAGAAGCAGAGAUAGGGAAAAGAAUAAAAAAUCAAAAAAAAAUUAGAAGAAUACAAACAUAUUAUCAGAUUUAUAAAAAGCAUUAGGAAAAGAGAUGAAUAUCAAGGAUUUACUGUCUUCACUAACCAAUAAUAAUAAUCGUAAAUAAUAACACAAUAAUAAUAAUAAAAAUGUUGUCUUUUUACAAAAUGUCCCCAGAGAAAUGAGAUCAUACACAGAAAUUGAAUCAUUGCUCUAAGGAAGAGGAGACUUAAUUAGAAUUCAAUUAUUAGGAAGAGUACCAUCUGUCUAAUUUAAGAAUCAUAGUGACGCCUAAGCUUUAAUAGAUAAAUUUAUAGUUCACAAAGGAGUUAAAAUUGAGUUUACUCAAAGCUUAAAUAAACAGCAACACUAAGAUGAUAAUAAGAAUAAUAAGAUUAUUGUAUUAGACAAAGAAGGAAAAAAAGUAUCAAACCAAUCUAGUUAACCAGCAGCACCUCUUUAAUAAAACUAAUAACAACAAUAAUAAUAAUAAUAAUAGGUUCAAUAAAAAUCAGACACAAAAAUGGAAGAAGAAAAUGACCAAAAAAAAACCAAAGAAGAACAAGAAUUAAAUAAUCAAAUUGAAUAAAUUAAAGGGCAAGCCAAAACACUAGUCGUAGAUAAAUUGAGAUUAGCUUUCUUGCUAAAUAAGAGGAAAGACAAUUAUCCACCAUAACUAAGUGCUGAAAUUGAAGAAUUAAAAAAAUUAUUAACCUAGAAAAAGGAGGAAAUAUCAAAAAUGAAUUCUUUAGAAUAACUCAAAACAGAAUUACAAUGGCUAAACGAGAAUUACGAUUACACCUUAUUAAUUUCUCAAAUACCAGAAUAAUUAUUUAAAGAAAAGACUGUUACAAAGGUUCUAAAUGAAGAAUUCCAAAAAUACGGAAAAAUAGACAAUUUACAAAUCAAAAUCAAAGAUAAAGCUGCUCAUCUUAAAUUCUUCAGUUUUGAUUCUGCAGAAAAAGCCUAUUAUUAAGCUAAUGAAAAUUCGAAUUUCAAGGUUGAGUUUUUAAAUUAAGGAAUUAAAAAGGUACUAAUAGCCCAAAGCUGA